UGCCCUUCUCCGGUGCGGCGGCGGAGCGAGCGAGCGAGCGGUGGGUCAGUGGAGGCCGCGGUUGCCGGGAGACCCUCGGCAUCCCCCGCCGCCAUGCCGCUGCUCUUCCUGGAGCGCUUCCCUUGGCCCAGCCUGCGCGUCUACGCGGCGCUCAGCGCCCUGGCCCUGCUGGGCUCCCUGCUCAGCGCCUACAGCGCCCUCCGCCAGGCCGGCAGCCCCCAGCCCGCCCCCGGCCCGCCCGACGGGGAAGCGCCGGCCCUGCAGCCGCCCCCGACGCCGGCCCUGCCGUUGCCCCCAGGACACGGCCCCGCCGCGCUCGACCUCGCCUACUACCUGCUCUCCGACGGCCUCUGCGUCUGGGUAUUGGUGAAUACAGCCUGUUGCAUUCUGAUGCUGAUUGCAAAGCUAAUACAAACCAUUGUGUUUGGGCCCCUCCGUGUUAGUGAACGGCAGCAUCUAAAGGAUAAGUUUUGGAACUUCAUCUUCUACAAGUUUAUUUUCAUUUUCGGGGUGUUAAAUGUCCAGACCGUGGACGAAGUCGUCAUGUGGUGCCUCUGGUUUUCGGGACUUGUGUUCCUACAUCUCAUGGUUCAGCUUUGCAAAGACAGGUUUGAAUAUCUCUCUUUUUCUCCCACCACCCCUCUGAACAGCCACAUUCGAGUCCUGACCCUGCUGGUUGUCAUGUUGCUUUCCUGCUGUGGCCUCGCAGUGGUGUGCGGCCUCAUUGGCUACGCGCAUGGAAUGCACACGCUAUCCUUCAUGGCUGCAGAGUCCCUGCUUGUCACCGUAAGAACCGUGCAUGUGAUUUUACGUUACAUCAUCCAUCUCUGGGAUCUGAAUCACGAAGGCACCUGGGAGAGCAAAGGCACCUAUGUUUAUUACACCGAUUUCAUCAUGGAGCUGAUGCUGCUGUCCCUGGAUUUGAUGCAUCACAUUCACAUGCUGCUGUUUGGCAACAUUUGGUUGUCGAUGGCCAGUCUGGUGAUCUUUAUGCAGCUGCGUUACCUGUUCCAUGAAGUUCAGCGCAGACUGCGGCGCCAUAAGAAUUACCUGCGGGUGGUUGGAAACAUGGAAGCAAGGUUUGCAGUGGCGACUCCUGAAGAAUUGGCCUCCAACAACGAUGACUGUGCCAUUUGCUGGGAUUCCAUGCAGGCCGCCCGGAAGCUCCCUUGCGGCCACCUCUUCCAUAACUCCUGCCUGCGCUCCUGGCUCGAGCAAGACACCUCCUGUCCGACCUGCAGGAUGUCUCUGAAUAUUGCGGACAACCAGCAAGCUCCGGAGGACCACCCAGAGAACCUGGAUGAAAACUUGCCCCCCGUGGCAGCAGCUGAAGGAAGACCUCAUCUCAACCAGCACAAUCACUUCUUCCACUUUGACGGGUCUCGCAUUGCUAGCUGGCUCCCAAGCUUUUCAGUCGAGGUGAUGCACACCACCAACCUCCUUGGAAUCGCUCAGGCCAGCAACUCUCAGCUCAAUGCCAUGGCCCAUCAAAUCCAGGAGAUGUUCCCUCAGGUUCCUUACCACCUCAUCCUCCAGGAUCUGCAGCUGACCCGCUCGGUAGAAAUAACAACGGAUAUUUUAGAGGGACGCAUCCAGGUGCCUUUCCCAACACAGCAUUCUGACAGUAUCCGACCAGCAUUGAACAAUCCUAUAGAAAGGCAGAAUACCGAUCAAGAAGAUGCUGAGGAGGACAUGGAGACGGAAAGGAUCCCGCUUGAGCUCAGCUCAAGGCUGGAAGACGCGGCGGAGUUUAAUGAAAUGGAAGCCGAAGCAGUCGAGACAGAAGACUUCGAAGUGAGAGGCAGUCGCUUUUCCAAGUCAGCAGAUGAGAGGCAGCGGAUGCUGCUUCAGAGGAAGGAAGACCUGUUGCAACAAGCACGCAGGCGCUACCUUAACAAAAGCUUCGAUGAUUCCACACCGGUUUUCCUCCCAGGUGGAAGGCCCAGCCUCCACUCCAUCACAUUACGACGCAGGAUGUGCGCCGCAGCUGAGCGAAGGUUACAGAAACAGCAUCCAUCCUCCUAACGCUUCUGUCCGCCGUUCCUUCCCCCACACGCAAACCUCGAUGUCGUCCCGCGGUGCUCUCUCGCUGGAUCUCUCUCCGAGCUCAGAAAAAAACCCGCAGCUCUGAGAAGCAGGGAUCAGGUUGGGUCGCCUCUCCGCUCUCAAAAAAAAAAAAAAAAA